UCCACCAAGUUUAAGUGUUUGCCGGCGCUAUGAAGCUAAUGCGUCUGCAAUCACUUUUCAUCCUUCCAACGUCUAGUUUAUAUGUUGUAUUUCGCAAUCCAAAACGACAUGUUAGCUCGAGAUAUUCAAUGCUCGCUCAAUAUGUAUCCGAUGGUGUGCUAGUGUCGCACAUUUUCCACAGCACCUGAAGGCAACAUGAGCGCCAGUGUUCAGACGCAGUACGUGCAGAUGUUACCACUUUCUUCUACCUCCUCCGUCCUCUUUGGAUUCCUGUGCUGGCUGCGGAGAAGAGGACAAUGAGGAUUGAUGGUUGCUGUUUGGACUCUGAAAAAAUACAAAAAAGAUACAUUGUGUAGGACAAAUGGUGAAGUCCUCCAAGCAGAGAUGCUCCAGAGAUCUCGUGCUACUUCACCCCCUGUUCAAUACGCUAGUGAAGCUACAUGAGGAUGGUUAUGAUGAGGAGAAGGAGAUGCUACUUAAAAGGAGACGUGCUUUGCACGAUUCUUUUACUGGUGCUCUUCUCUGUGUUGCUCUACUUGCGACAGGUUCUUCUGUCCUCUGGGUGGGACAAGCCAGCAUGGAAGCUGGAGAUCCUUCGCCCCACCAGUUCCAGUCGGAGUCUGCUGGGAACCAACGGAGCCAGAGUGGCCCAGGAGUCCCGGCCGAAUACAGUGAGGCCCUCUGAGCCUCAGCUACCUCCCUGUGAACACAAGCCAAAACGCCCUCAGCCCAAGUCCAAAGCUCAGUCUAAACCCAAAGGAAGGUCUCAGUCUCGACAGAAGAGCAUCACGCCGACCAAGAUGACCGGUGCUCCCCUGCCGACAAUGCCGCUCUUUGACUUUGUGGGCUAUCUGCGAGACAAGGACAACCGCAACUUCCAGCUGCUCAUAGAUCAACCACAGAAAUGUCAGCUGGGAGGAUCCCAACAAGCUGGAGAAAGUCAUCAGCUCUACAUGCUCAUUGCAGUCAAAUCUGUAGCUGCAGAUUUUGAUAAGCGGCAGGUGGUACGUAGGACCUGGGGUAAAGAAGGCAGGUCUAUUCGUACUGUCUUCCUGUUGGGGGUCCCCAAGAAUCGCACUGCUUUGCCUCUGUGGGAUCAGCUGCUGACCUACGAGAGUCAAACCUUUGAGGACAUCUUGCUGUGGGACUUUGAAGACACCUUCUUCAACUUGACCCUAAAAGAGACCCACUUUCUGGAAUGGGUCAACCACACCUGUCCUCACGUCAAGUUCAUCUUCAAGGGGGAUGCUGAUGUUUAUGUGAAUGUAGAGAACAUCCUGGAGAUGCUGCAAGGUGAAAAGUCAGACAAUGAUCUUUUUAUUGGGGAUAUAAUUGUCAAUGCCAAACCCAUUCGGCGCCGCACUUCCAAGUACUAUGUGCCAGAGUUUGUGUACGGCAGUGCUUUAUACCCAUCUUAUGCCGGUGGAGGGGGCUUUGUCAUGUCUGGGUAUACAGCACGGAGACUCAGCGCUUCCUGUCAACAGGUGGAGCUGUUCCCCAUCGAUGAUGUGUUUCUGGGAAUGUGCCUCCAGCUGAUCGGCAUCAAGCCAUCGCGCCACCACGGUUUUCGGACAUUCGGCAUUCCCCGUCCAUCAGCAGCACCUCACCUCCAGACCUUCGACCCGUGUUUUUACCGGGACCUCAUGGUGGUUCACAGCCUCACUGUGCCCCAGAUAUGGCUCAUGUGGAACCUGCUGCAUGACCCCAAACUGAGCUGUCACAACAGGACCAGACCGACAUCAGGAUCAUUCAAGUGGAGGAUGGGCGAUUCAGAAGGGGAAGGGGAGACUGACUAUGAUGAGAAGCAGGUCUUUGUCACGCAUGAUUAACUUCCUGUAGGGAAGAUGUAGAAUAAAAUAAGACAGGCUUCUUGAAAGGCCUGAAUUAAGCACAGAUCAGUCACGACACCUAAGCCAAGUCGGCAGACGAGCAAAAAGAACUUAAAAUAGACAAACAUGCUUCAGUUUGUUUUGUUUUGUUUUCUUUACCUUAAGGAGGCAUUAAGAAAACAUUCAGGCUCUUAGUAUUUAAUGUAACAUCAAAUGACUGCUGUCGCACGGUUGGUAUGAAACAGUCUUCAAUGUCUUACAACUGUGUUGUCAUUGUUUACAUAUAAACACACAAUGCUAAAAUGCAUCACAAAAUUUGGUUUAGUUGAUUAAACAGGGCAUCCAGACUGCCAGAAAAUACAAAGCGAGAGGAGUAGAGCAAGCUAUGCUAACUUUUAGUUUGUCUGGUAACUAGAGUGGGGUUCUUCUUGUCAUUUUUAUUGUGAUGAAUGAGUGCAGACAUGUUAUACAAAUGCUCAACACAACCAGUCGCUCCUCGUAUUGUGGCUAUCUUCAGGUCGCUUCCUAAUCCGCUAUACGUGGAAUGUCACAUGACCAAACCUGGAAAAGGGAUCGCUGACUUCCUGUGUGUGUUACGAUAACGACCAUGUUUGAUUACAUGAUUGUGUGAAGCCAAACUUGCUCAAAUUUUCUUUUCUUUAUGGCUGGUGUCUUUAGACAAAAGUUAAACAUGUAUAUCGUUUAUUUACAGCAUAUAAAUAUAUGAUUUAUGUAAACACAAACAAAGCCUAAACAUUGAAUAUUGUCAUCUUUGGUGGCUCUGUGGUGACAUCUUGUGCUAAAAAAACAUUGUAGACGUUUAAAGUCCCUACAGUUGCUUUGUCACGGCCCCCUUUGCCAUUCACCACGAUUGUGGUAGUAGGUUGCGCAUAUACUGGACUGGCUAUUGUUACUAGUCACAUCACAAUCACAGAGUUUGUGGCUCAGCCUUACUUGGUGCUGACCACACACAUAACAAUUUGCAAUCAUAAAUAUUUAACAGGUUUAACUUGUACGAUUGUCGGCCUUAACCGUUUUCUGAGCAAAUCGGGAAGGUAAAAUACACCCCACACCACAGGAUAAUCGCUCAGGAUUGUCUUUUAGGGAUAUCCGACAAUCUGGCAUUUUCUAUCUUUGAUCGGAAAAAGGGGAGACUUGGAAUUUCAUUAAAAGUGGCUAGACUGGCCAUGAUGGACAUAUUGGAAGUAGCACCACUUGAAGGAAGGAAGCUCGGUGUUGCAGAAAUUAACUAGAGAGUAACUCAAAUUUCAAAGAAAGUACAAGAAGCACGGAUGUGGUGAUUUGGACAUAUGACAAGGAGAACUGGAGGACAGUGCGUUGGAAGUAAAGGGACUUGAAAAUGAGCUCAGAAAAAAAAACGGUGAGCCUGUUUAAGGAAAAGCUGUGAAGAAGAUUGGAAGGGAGGAAAUGCUUAAAUUGGGCCUGAUUAUUGGGAUAAUGGGACUCAGUAAGAUGCGAGAGUUGAGAACAUCCUCCUAUCCAUCCUUUGCAACUUGACAAACUGAUGAAAAGUGAAUGGAGUUAAGGUUAACCCUGUACCACGUGAAUUACUUCAGCCAUGUUUACGUUUGCUGGACUGACUGUUACAAAGCGUUGAAGUGUUCAAACAAUUAUUGCAAAAUGUGUUUGUUGUUGUUGAAAUAAAGAUAUCUACAUAUAUGGAAAAAGUAAUAUUUAUGGCACAGUCACAUUAGGCAAACUAUUGACAUUGAUAGAUAGAUUAUCUUUUCCCACAGUUCAUCAAGUAUGACAGGUCCUUUCUUUAAUUCCGAUUUUUAAUAGAUGAGAGCAGAUGUCAAACUCAAGGCUCGGGGGCCAAAUCUG